CUUACACGUUCUGAAUUCUUGAUCGCAGAGUUCACUGCGUAGUUCGAUGGUUUACUUUUUCAUCGCUCAGCUGAGUGCCAGUGAUUAAUUGCAUAACCGAGGCUCUAGUGACAACAUUGCAGCGUGAGCUGAGCUGCUUGUAUUAUUUUGUUGUGUGUGUUAUUAGUGUAUAGUGUCUGCACCUGAAUGAAAAUGGUCUCUCUUUUGCGGUGCUUCCUCAUCUUAUUACUGCUGCGUCAUAAAGAAGCAGACGGCAGGUCAGUGAACUACGAGUACGAGGACGACGAUGACGACUGGGCGUGGACGUGGGGCCGUGACCUUGAGACCGGCACCAACGACCUUGACAGGCACGGGCGUCAGCUGAGCAAGCGCGCCGGUGGCGUCAGCGAGCGUCAGCGUCGCGUCGAGGAGGCCGAGGACGCCGGCUGGCUGGGGCUGGGUAAGCGUCAGCCCCGCUUCACACCCUAUGUUAGCGUAGGUGCGUACCCCUGCGGCGGCCGCACGCACACGCACCGUAACACGCGCGCCUCCUCAACACCCAAACAGCACAGCUUCACGCCCUUUCACGGCGUAGGAGUUCUGAGUGACAUGCAACAGUUUUUUGACAAUCUGAAGACGAACUUGGAUGCCCUGGAGACGAUACCGCCUGAUGACAAGGAUUCCCUGCUACUCGGCAAGCAAGUCACUGUCACUGCACCACAAGCGAGCGCCGUGGAGAAGGAGCGACACUUCAGGCCGUCGGCGACUGCCGCUUAUCUGCACGCCCUGCGCAAUCAUCGGCCGUCUUACAAGAUCCGCAACUUCGUCGAGUCGCCCGAGCCCGUCUCACUACGCGGCACCAACCGCUAUGACCCGUCGCUGCUCUGGACCGGACUGGGACGGCGGAGGCGUUAGGCCCUCUCUCCCAGAAAGCAGCCACUUUCCACUUUCCGCCGGUGCGGCGGCCAACUUACAAUAACACAUCAGAUCUUGCUGUUCAUAAUGUUAAUAUUCUAUUGAGAUCUUCUUGUAUGAUUCCACCCUUAUCAAGUCAUUGAUCUACUGCUCUUCAUCGAAAUUGAGAAUGGUUCCUUCUUGAUGGAUGCCCUGAUUUUUUAAAAUUAAGUAAAAGUUAAAAUGUUAUCAUGCCUUUAAGAAUAUUUUUUGUAAAGAUGUUAUUUCCCAUCCUAAGUGAAUCAUAGACAAAGUGAUUCUUUUUUCAUUGAAACCUGAGAAUGGUUCCUUCUUGUUUUGAUUAAUGAAAUAUGUUUUGCUUAAUUCAUCCUUAAUUUGUUGAAAUUCAUUAAUAACUUGAUGCAAAAUAAUUUUAUAAUUAUUAUUUGUCGAGAUUAGCCUAUAUAUUUAAUCAGAAAAACAAUGAUAUUCAGUUCUCUUCAUUAAAAGUGAAGCUCAAUAGAAACCUCGAAAUGGUUUUACUCAUAAAAGAUGUCUUGAUUUGUUUUUCUUGAAUUGAUUUUUGAUAAUUAACUCCUUAAGUUUAUCACGGUAAUAUAUUUUCGACUAUUUUUGAUUAAUGAUUAUCUUCAAUUAUUGAUGAUUAUGGUCAUCAAUUGUAAGAAUAUUUCUUGGAAGAAGAUUAUUGAAAAUGAUCAGUUUUUGGGGGAAAAAGAAUACAUCAUUCACCGAUUUUCCAAGUCUAUUCUGAGAAAUCUUGAAAUUCCAACUAUUUUGAAUAGUUGGACAUCAAAUAGAAAAAAAUCAAAUUGAUAUGAGUGUAUGAAAUGAUUGUUUGAGCUAAUAUCGAUUCAUUCUUUGGCCUGACUGGGUCAUAUCAUUAAUGACUGAUAAUUUUGAAAAUGGUGGCAUUCUAAUAAUUGUUGAAUAAAUUAUAAUAAUACCUUAGAUAUAUUAUUAUAUUAUUUUCAAUGAUACUCCAGUAUUAGUGAUUAUGUUGCAUAUACAACUAUUCAAUUAAUGUUUAUUGAAAAUAAGUCUAAGUUCAAAUUGAGUGUGAUGGAACAUGUUUCUUUCUGUCUUGGAGAGCAGAAAUUGUUGAACCAAUUCGUUUAAGAGAAAAGUUACUUUGUUGAGAAGUACUUGUUAUAGAAUAUUGAAGAAUCGAAGUAGCAUUAAACAAUCAAUACCCGUGAGCUUUAUUACAUUACUGGAAUGAAUUAAUAUUUUAAAAAAAUCAUAAAAUUAUUCUCACUAAUAAUGUUUUGUAAGUAUAUGAUUUUCACAUAAAUUUCAUAAAUAAUUUUUUUAUUGUAUUCAUUCUACUCCAUUCUCUAGAAUAUAUAAAAAUGAGGUAAAUAAAUAGUUUGUUUUUAUUGGAAUCUGGAAAAUGUAUUCUCUCAUUCUGCCUUGAUAUUGGCAAUAUCAAAUUUUCAUAAAAAUCUAUUAAUUCAUUUAGGCUUAUUUGUUUUUGUUUUGAUCUCAUGAACCUUCUCUAUUUGUAGAAGAUUAUAUUGAUGCUUAGAUUUAAAUAUAUUAUAAGAUUGAAAGCUUUCUUCCUAAUCUAGUCAUAUUGUACUCUAUUAUAUUAUUUGAAUACUAAGUACUUAAAAUAUAAUGUCUUCCCCAUUGCUUGAAAAUAUGCAUUCAGACGUUGAAGUCUCUGAAAAUAGUAAAUUACCGUAAUACUUGUUGAGAAGCUAAUAGUUUUUUUUAAACUCUAACGUUGUGGACAGUCAAAUUACUGUGGAAAUAACUUCCAAUAUCCCAAUAUUUUCUUGAAUAAUUUCAAGUUUUGGUUUCAAUGUUAUAAUAAAGAAUGUUUCUUGUAUCAAUCAACUGAUAUGCUCACAAUAAAAAUGCAGCCAUGUUGAUAGUUUCAAGUUGCACAGUUAAUAAAGAGUAAUUACUGUAAUAAAAUAUUUAAGAGGGAGAAGAAAAAUGUUAAUACAGUCCCAUUCCCGCAUUCUUCGCUGGUGGAAAAGAUUACCUGACGUCUUCGACAAAGCGGAUCCAAAAUAGUUUUUCAUAGUAGGGGACUGUAAUUUAUUGUAUUAGCAAUAAUUAUUAUUUCGAGCAAGAAAUCAAGUUGUAAUCUUAAUUACCUAUUAAUUGAAACAACUGAAUGGGAACGUUAUAGAGUACUGUAUUGUAUUUAUUUUGUAAAAACUAUGAUAUUCUGUAAAAGAUAAUAUAAAAAUGCAUUAUGGUAAAAG